GGGGAGGAGAGGACGGGCGGAAGCGAGCGUCGCGUGGCGCGUGUAGGGGUGGGGAAGGAGGUGCGAUGUCGCGGCGGGUCCCCGUGUCCCGGCUGGAGGGCGUCACGCGCGACCAGUUCUUGCAGCUCAUCUACCCGCAGAGGAAGCCGGUGGUGCUGCGGGGGCUGGAGCUGGGGCCUUGCACGACGCGGUGGACGGCGCCGGAUUAUCUGUGCCGGGCCGGGGGCCGCGUCCCGGUGAAGAUCCACGUGUCCGCCGGGCCGCAGAUGGAUUUCAUCAGUAAGAACUUUGUGUAUAGAACUUUGCCUUUCGACACGUUCGUCCAGCGCGCGGCGGAAGAGAAGCACGCCAGCUUCUUCAUUUCCGAGGAUGAGAGAUACUACCUGCGAUCCCUCGGCGACGACCCCCGGAAAGACGCGGCCGACGUCAGAAAGCAGUUCCCCUCGUUGGCGGGAGACAUCGAGAUCCCCGAAUUUUUUGAGAAGGAGCGGUUCUUUUCCAGCGUGUUCCGGAUCAGCUCUCCGGGACUCCAGCUGUGGACCCACUAUGACGUGAUGGAUAAUCUCUUAAUCCAAGUGACGGGGAAAAAACGGGUCGUUCUCUUCAGUCCUCGAGACGCCGAGUAUUUGUAUUUAUCAGGUGGCAAAUCCGCGGUGCUCGACGUGGACGACCCCGACCUGGAGAGAUUCCCUCUGUUUUCGAAGGCCAGGAGGUACGAAUGUUCCCUGGAAGGCGGCGACGUGCUCUUCAUUCCCGCUCUCUGGUUCCAUAACGUCAUUUCGGAGGAGUUCGGAGUGGGCGUGAACGUCUUCUGGAAGCACCUGCCCGCCGACUGCUACGAUAAGUCCGACCCCUACGGGAACCGAGACCCCACGGCGGCCUCGAGGGCCGUGCGGAUCCUGGACCGGGCCCUGAAGACCCUCGGCGAACUCCCCGAAGAAUACAGGGACUUUUACGGCCGCCAGAUGGUUUUACGCGUUCGGGACAAGGCCUACAGCACCAAGUUCGAAUGACCCGUCGUCGCGGGGUCUGGAGGUAGCCGGCGAGCGCUCGCCGUGUGCGGAGCGCCGGGCCGAGCGCCGGCGGGGAAGACGACCCCAUAGACGGGGGAGACCGUGGGUUCCCGGUGGGCGGGGAACGGGUCUACGUUACGGUGUGCUCUCCCAAGCGCCUAGU